ACUCAGAGGAAGUGCUGGUGUGAGCAGAGGGGUCCUCAGGGGCUUGCACUUCUGCCACUCAUCUAUGGCUUCUCGCCCCCGCUAGGGACGGUGCUGUUUGCUCGUGGGAUUGCAGCAACAGGACCACGCUUUGUUUGCGUAGGGACAUCCUCAGGUUCGGUCCUUGUCUUUGAUGUCCCCUCCAAAGGCACCAACAUCACGUUGAGCGAAGUCCUUGAGGAGCACAACUGCGCCAUCACCGACAUUGGCGCAGAGCUCUGUGAGCAGCCGGAGGGAGCUGUGGAUCUGGUGACUGCGGAUGACUCUGGGGCGCUGUGCGUUUGGCGGUCUGGAGAGACAUUCAAGCUGAUCACCAAAAUCCCAGCUUCUGAGUCCACCUGCUCCUCUGUGAAGCUGUGGAACGGGAUCAUUGCUGCAGGUUAUGGGAACGGACAGAUUCGCUUGUAUGAAGCAGCGUGUGGAACCCUGAGAGCUGAAGUCAGGGCUCACGCGCGCUGGAUCUAUGCCUUGGACCUGGCACCGCUCUCAGGGAAGCUGCUGUCUGCUGCCGAGGACUCCUUUGUGCAGGUCUGGGGACUGAGCCACAACGCAGAGACGAAGAGCGUAGAGAUCGAGCAUUGCCAUACGGAGUGUGUGACCGACACCCUGAUUUGCGGUGCCCGCUUCUGCAAUCCCGAGGGCACUGCCUUCGCUGUCACCGGCUUCGAGCUCAGCGAGAUCAUCCGCUACCUCCAGGUGUAGCCCUUCUGGUUGCAGGUAGAUGCUGGAAGCAGAGAAAGGACCUGAUGUAGGCUGAUCCGGUCAGCUCCCGGUAUCUGCGUGAGCUUGUGCUAGGAGCAGGGCAGGGUGGCACACGACAUGAGCAGCUGUUUCCAGCUCCUGCCCUCCCCAAGGCUCCCUCCCUCCCUCCCUCCCAAGUCAGCAGAUGACCCCCCAGAAAGGCCCUUCAUCCCUUUGCCCCAAGCAGGCUUCUCCCGAGAUUCCCGGUGAUCCAGCGCCUGGGUGUUGUCUUCUGCCCAAUAGUCCAAGGUGCCCCCUCUGCCAGAAAGACUCCCGCAGUGAAGGUUAGGCAUGGGAGGCCCGCCCUUUCGCUGUUCGGCUGAGCGCGGAGGCGGCUGGCCAGCCACCCGGCCUGCUGGCUGAAGCGCUGUUUCCCACUGGUCUAGCUUUUCAGCAGGGGGCCCGUGUCACAUGGCCACAGGGCCGAGGGGAAGCUCACCUGGGUCCUGUGGCAGAGCCCCUGCCAGGCUCCCUAAGCCAGGCCCUUGGAGAAAUGCCUGCUGCAGCCCAGGAGCCAGAGGAGUCCUCCCACCCUGCCAAAGGUUUGUUUAGACUGCAACUGCUUCAUCGCCCACCAAAUUGCUUUUUUAGUGUUUCAGAGCAAGCGGCUGAGUUGUCCGUUUUCCCAAUGAAUAAAAUAGUUAUGUUUGGCUGAGAAGGUCGAAAGUUUGGUGCCGUUGCCUGUUUUCUUUAUUUUCAGCUAUGGGAGCGGUUCCCACCCCCCCAGUCAGGACCAGCAUGCACGAGGCAGGAGCGCCUGACUUCUGCAGGGCCUCUGCUGCUGGGCAGCACUCAGGAUCCCCAGAAUCCCUCCUCUGCGCUGAAUCGCAUCCUGAUCCUGCUGCCAGUGCCUUCAGCUGUGCGCCUUUCCCCAACUGUCUCACCCUUCAGAGGUUCCCUGAUCCCCUUUAAAGCCCUGGCUAGG